CUCUGUCUGUGUGGCAACGGCUGCUGUUAGCAGAAACUGUUUAGCUGCGGUUUGGGGCAGAGCUAACGCUAGCGGAGCUUUCAGCUAACCUGUAAUGGCUUUUUGCACUUCUGAAUACUUCGAAACGAUUGGAUCAAUUCAGAAGAGUAUAAACGAAAGGGAAAAAAGAAGGCAUGAGUUGGAGGAAGAAUUGUUCACCUGCUCAAGAUCAGAUGAAAGAUUGGCCAGGCUAAAAUACAUCAGGAUGCGGCACUAUCAUAAGGAGCUGUGUAAGAGAGAGCAGCAAGCAAAGACUCGUAACCUUGAGCUUCUGAGAAGUGCUGAGAGCCUGGUUUUAAAAGCAAAGGAAUUCUCUGUAGACUACACUGUACUACAUCACUUGAAGCAGGAAUGUAAAAAUCGCAUGACGAGGCUUCCAGAGGAGGGGAAGAAGAGGGAAAGUGAAGGAGGACUUGAAACACAAAAGCUGGAAAAAAGCAGGUCUCUUCUUCGCAUCGGGCGAACAUCGUCACAACCUGCUAUCAGCUUAAUGGGUUGGCAGCCCCUCAAAGACACUUUGGUGGAGGAUGGCAUCAUGAGCGCACAUUCACAGAUAGAGCCAAAACCUAAUCACCCUUCAUCUUCCUUGCUACAAAGCAGCCCUUUGAUGGAUGCCCCAGUUUCAAAAGCUAGCGGCAACAAAUCUUUAUCUGAUGACAUUCUAAACUCCAAUGAUUUCCCUGAAAGGCAGCCAGUAUUUGAUUGUGAUUCAUUUGUGAGAGAAGUAGAGGUGUGUGGGUCAGAAGAGCUGGCUUCUACUCAUGUGACCUUGAAGGCAUCUGGAGUGUGCUCUCAUCACGGAAGUGCGAGCAGGCCAGAGAGCAGUGCGUCACUGCAGCACCAUCCCAGCCAGAGCGCUUCCCCAGACAUGACCGGCUCCUCUGUGUGCGGGGAAUCUAGAGAGCAGGAAGAACCAGAGUCAGUACAUCAUACGCCCAUUCCAGAUCAGAGUAAAAGCAAAAGUUCCAGUAUUGGUGUGUCUGAUGCAGAAAUCACACCUGAACUUUCACUUAACUCAAGCAGAGAUGUUUCAGUUUCACUUAGUGAGCAUAAACCCAUCAAGAGUGUCACACCCGUUCACGAGAGAGAAAAGUCAAAAAUUGGUCUGGAGACUGAAGAACAUCUUUUCCCAAAGCCGGAACAUAGACUGUCAAUGGAGGAAUUCUUUUAUCUGCUGGACAACAUUGAGGAGCGACUCCCUGCUCGACACACCGAGCUGUACAGUAGCUCUGCAAUCAGUGAACAGAAGCUGAGAGAGAUUAUUAGCCUGUGUAGACAGCACGGAGAGUUGAGAGGUGAGGAGCUGCGUGUGUGCGGAGCUGUGGUUCUGCAGCAGCUGCCCUGGUUGUUAUGGAACACACCUCAUGGCUGCCUGCUACAUAGCAACCUGGUCAACAUGCACUGGUCUACUGCAUUAGAUCCAACACACAUCAGGUCAUGUUUGUCUGGUGAUAGUGUUGCUCUGUGGGAUCGCUGGUUCACACACGCCCUUCAGCUACUGCAGGAGGAGGUUCUUUCCCUCAACAGCAUUGUGCAGCUCUUCACUCCGCUGCUAGUGCACUACAGUGCCUCCUACACAGACAAGGCCGAAGUGCUGCUGAAGAGGCUUUUGACCCAUGUGGCUGAGACUCCUCACUCAGUGGAGAGUGAGGACUCCUCAUCCUGCAGUUUACCCUCGCUUUUAAAUGACAGCACGGAGAUCAAACUGGCCAGACCCUCCAAGAAAUCAUUCAGCUCCACUGGUACACGCGGAGAGCAAAGUGAUGAAGAGGACAGUACCAACCAAAGCCAUGUGGAAAGUAUUCCUAUUAGAGAGACAAAAGCAUAUCAGCUGCUUAAACAAUCAGCCACACAAGAGAACCAGUGGAAGAACGCACAGGAGGAAGAGGAGGAGGAGGAUGGUUCUGACUUGGAGACAUCAGGUUUAUCAGAGAAUGAGAAAACCAGGAGUAGCAAGAGGCUUGUUCCAGACAUACGGUAAGAGAAACUAUGGAUGAUGAUAAUUUACAUGAUAUUGUAUGUGUUUAUAAAUAGAGCAGCUGUGAUGAAUUUUCA